ACCUGCCAAAGAAAAACCCGUGAAUAUAUAAAUGAAAGAAAUUAUAAACUGACAGUCCAGAUGGUAAAAGUAUGCAAUUAUUAAAAUGAAACAUUGAGAAGGUUUUGAAAGUGUAAUAGUUUGGAAAUUCAAAUGACAUUGUCAAAAUGUGUGAUUCCCAGAAUGCAAUGAUGCAUCAGUUCAGUGCAGAUAACUAUUAUACCUUUGCAACAGAAAACAGUCAAUUUGGACCAGACCGUGGAUUCCGAAAAAUUCGGCCCAUUAUUGCCGGGAACGCGGCUCGUGAGAGAUCGCGGGUAAAGACGCUGCGUAGUGCUUUUAUGGAUCUCCAGCGGACACUUCCGGCGGUUCCGCCGGAUACAAAAUUGUCAAAGUUAGACGUCCUUGUUUUGGCUACCACAUACAUCGCUCACCUGAUGAGGACACUGAAUGAGGGGGUGGACGACAAUCAGCUAUUCGCGGCCAAUGGUAUAAUGCACCCAGUAAAGAAGUGGCCGAUGAGAUCCCGCCUGUAUGCCGGGAUUCUAACCAGUGCCUAUCCAGUCCUACCCCAGUCAAAUCCCCAUACCGUCUCUUCGCGGCCCGUUCCUCCAAACCCUGUUACCCUGGGAACCAGUCCUUGGGAAGUAGCCCAAGAGUCCAAAUCAUCGUACACAGAUUAUCAGUCACCUCAUUAGAUCAUUAUCUACCUGGAUAUACCUGUCUCAUAAUUGUACACGCUGUUUAUAUUUUGUCAAUCGAAUGCAUAACUCAUAAAAUGUUAUUUACAUGUUUUAUCUAGGUUCUCAAUAAGUUAUUAAAGUCGUAUUUCAUGUGAUGUAAUUAUUUUGUAGAAUGUGUUGAAUGAACUUCGUACUCAUUAAAUAAAUAUUGUUUUAAUUGA